CUUUGUAUGUAACCAGCGAAGAAGACGUGUUGACCUGACACCGGAAGGACAAAAUCUGACAGAAGGACGGUUUGGGUGUUAGUUCGUGAAAAGAUGCUGACCAAUAUUUUUAAUGUUCUCAGAGUGUGCGCUCAGAGAAAUGGGGCUGCAAUGGUCACGUCCAGGCGCAUGUAUUCUGACUUCACCCUCGAGGCUACCUUUGAAAUUAAGAAAUGUGACCUCCAUAAACUAGAUGAGGGCCCACCAACUCAGGUGGUUAUGACUCGUGAUGAGGGUCUGGAGUACUACCGCAUCAUGCAGCUAAUGAGGCGUAUGGAGCUGAAGGCAGAUCAGUUAUACAAGCAGAAGAUCAUCAGAGGAUUUUGCCACUUGUAUGACGGCCAGGAAGCCUGUGCAGUUGGUAUUGAAGCCGCAGUUAACUCAACAGACCACCUGAUCACUGCAUAUCGCGCCCAUGGCUACACAUACACUAGAGGGGGGACGGUGAAGGAGAUAAUGGCAGAGCUCACUGGCAGGAGAGGAGGCAUUGCUAAAGGAAAAGGAGGCUCUAUGCACAUGUACUGUAAAAACUUCUACGGAGGAAAUGGUAUUGUUGGAGCACAGGUGCCUCUGGGUGCUGGUGUAGCUCUUGCCUGCAAGUAUCAGGGCAGGAACGAACUGUGUGUCUGUCUAUAUGGUGAUGGUGCAGCCAACCAGGGUCAGAUCUUUGAAACCUACAACAUGGCAGCACUGUGGAAGCUGCCUGUCAUCUUCAUUUGUGAGAACAACAGGUAUGGCAUGGGCACAUCAGUGGAGCGAGCUGCAGCCAGCACGGACUACUACAAGAGGGGAGACUUCAUCCCUGGCCUCAGGGUGGAUGGGAUGGAUGUUCUCUGUGUUCGGGAAGCGAGCAAAUUUGCAGUUGAUCACUGUAGAUCUGGAAAGGGUCCUAUUCUCAUGGAACUUCAAACCUACCGCUAUCAUGGACACAGCAUGAGUGAUCCUGGUGUCAGCUAUCGCACACGUGAGGAGAUCCAGGAGGUCCGCAGUAAGAGUGACCCCAUCACCAUGGUGAAGGACCGCAUGCUGAGUAACAACAUGGCCAGCGUGGAGGAGCUCAAGGACAUCGAUGUGGAGGUGAGGAAAGAAAUUGAAGAUGCCGCCCAGUUUGCCACCACAGAUCCUGAACCCCCGCUGGAAGACUUGUGUAAUCACAUCUUUGCUAAUGAACCACCCCUGGAGGUGCGUGGUACAAAUCCGUGGUCCAAGCUUAAGUCUGUCAGCUAAAUUACUGUCAUCGCUUCAUUUGUCCUGUUAUGUAUCAACUCUGCCCCCACAUAAAUUAAUACACACCACCAGUAUGCUGUAUGGCAUCAUAAACCAGUGCCUCAGACCCAGAGCAUCAGCAUAUUAUUUUAUGCUCUAUAUUUCAAUAGAAAGUUUAAGAACUAUCUUAAUUGGGUCAUAAAGUUGUUCUUUCAUCCAUCGUGUUGAUGUUACUCUUGCAUUGUCUGUAUCUCAGCCGAAGUUCAUAUGCUGUUAAUAUGAUGUGACCUGAGGUUGAUCAGCUUUGGUGUCCAUAUUAAGCAGCAGUCAGAGUUUGAAAAUUUAGACCCCCCUCUGUUAAAUGAAAAUUACACUUCAAGCCACCCCUCAGGACUAAUCUUUUUAUCUUUACAAAAAGAAAUAAAACAAGUUUGGGAGGAAAAAUUAUUUUAGCCAUUUUGCUUGAUGCUGCAUGUAGAGUUUGGUGUCAUGACAAAUGGGAUUUUUGCAGAAAAACAUGGCAGCAUUGAUGAGAGGAAUUAAUAACAUCUGAGGCAUAUGAUUCCACUGGACUGAAAAAUUUGGAACUGGUUCUUGAUUCCCAUCCCGAAAUCACAUCUGAUCUGUUCUGUACUGCAGGCUAGUCAGCAACAUGCCUCUGAUCGAUCUGACUUACAGAUAUAACAACAGGCCUUACCUUCAGUGUGACAAUCAUGAUCCUGAAUGAACUUUAGCCUAAACAUGAAACGUGACCGUUUUAACUGGGGAAGAAUUGUAGCAGAGAUGAUUAAACUUAUUCCAACAUCAGGUUGGUGGUUGUUAGUUACAUUUUCAAAGCAUUUUUCUUGUGUUUUAUCAAUUUGGCUCCAAUUGAAUGUGCUUGGUCUGAUGAUUUUCUUGGGUUGAUCUUGAGGUGCGAUAAUCACUCUAUUGACUGUCUCAGCUAUCAAAAUGAAUUUGUACAUAUACCAUGUACAGUUUAACAUAUCCUUUGUACUAUUACAUGCAGCAGUUUUAAAAACUUAACUUUCCUGUAGACAUUGCUUUGACAACACUCAACAUGUCUGUAUGUAUUUGUUAAAAUGCUCUUUAUGUAAGACAGGUGAGAACACCAAGCAGGAGGCAGACGAUUGGACUGUUUUUAAUCUUUCCAAACCAAACGUGUGCCUAGCAGAUCUCGUCAUUUAGCAUGUGAAUGUGUUGUGUUUGUGUCACACUCCCAGUUGAGUGGGUGAUUAGUUUGAGGCCGUUACAUUCACAUUUAUUGUGUAGUCAGUCGAGUGACUUUUUGGGAUCCAUGACACAUUAAAUUCGUUUGUAGUCACUGAAUUUGAGUCAAGUCACUGAAUUUGUAAUCUACAUACUUAAGAAGUACUACAAACUAAGGCAGUUGUCUGUAAAUGGUGAACACAAUGAAUUUCAGUCUGAUUGCAUUCAUUAGCCGAGCUUUGUUGUUCUGCUUCCCACCCCCCCAAAAAAAUCAGAUUUAGAGGUUAUUUUCAGUGUUGUUGCAUCAGUUCAGUGUCAGCACACAUCAUUUGUAUUUUUUGCUGAAAUGUCUUUUAUGAAUCAACACACUGACAGUGGCAUGUUUCCACCUCUAAAAAAACUGGGAUACAUUUAGAAUUUGUCUUUUUCUUUGUUCGGUGCUUCAGCACAUUAUUUUGGUGAAAAUGCGCCACUGACACUGCAGAAUAAAAGUACGACGUUCAAACAAUGCCUGUGGUCAUUAAAGGCUGUCCGAAUGUAAAGUACUGUUACGAAUCAUGUGGACAAAUGGGUCAGACUUAAAAGGAGAGCAUGACUGCUCCUCGUACUACAACAGAACGAUGCCUGCAGCAUUGGUUGAACUGUUACAUUGCCAAAGGCAGCUUAUGCAAGGAAGCACUCGAUGGAAGCAGUUGUCUAUGUGUGUCCUUGUAAUAAAGAGACUGUAAGGUGUUUCUGUGCUCA